AUGGUCAAGGCGAAGAAGUUGUUACUCAAGUACGCCAAUGUUUUCUCGUCAAAUGAAGCUGACAUAGGAAAAACUGGCUUAGUUCAACACAAAAUAAACACAGGACAAGAAUUGCCUAUUCGUCAGCGGCCAAGGAGAUUGUCUGUAGCACGUGAAAAGGAAGUGGAAACCAUGAUUGAGGGAAGGGUGAAGGAUGGUGUUAUUGAACCUUCAUCUAGUCCAUGGUGUUCACCUAUGAUGCUGGUAAAGAAGAAGGAUGGCAGCAUGCGGUUUUGUGUUGACUACCGCCGCCGUGAACGACGUUACGAAGAAGGACAGCUAUCCCUUGCCAAGAAUUGA